UCCACACUCAUUUGUUCAUUGAGACAAAACCACACCCCUCACUCAUCUCUCCCCCCAUUCCUGCGGCCAGCACCCAUCAAGCAAGGACAAGGAGCUCAUCAUCCUCCUUUCUCCAUUGUUGAAGAGAGCUCAACAAGGAAGGACCUCAAGGAUAGGAAUUUAGGUGCUAAAAGUGUGGAGAUUAAGUUUCAGGUAGGACUUGAAGGUUGCUGCCAUCGCCCGCUUGUUUCGGGAAGAUCAAGGAGAGAAGACGUGGUUCGUGCUUCCUCCGUUCCUGUUUUAAAAACAUUUAAAUUAAUGCUCAUGGAUAUUAUAUUUUUGAAUAAUCAUUUGGGGGCUUGUAUGCCCAUGUUUGCCAAAGUGUGGCACGAACACUUAUAUUAAAUGUUUCCGCUGCUUUGAAUGAAUAUUUUACAUUAUGUUGGUUUAUGGAUGUACUAUAUGUGAAUGAUAUCCCAGACGCCUUGUAUAGUAUGAAUGUGUUGGACUGCGGUUGACUAUUCGUACUGUACGGCGGAUUGUUGACGUGUCCGGAUAGGUCCGGGGCGUGACAUAAUUAAUACUCCUUCCGCCCGCUAAGAUGGUUCUAUCUUCCCCUUUCACCCCGUAUUAGAAGCUGUUCUCUUCACCUGAUCUGAAUGUUUCUGAUAUGAAUUUUUUAAGUUCUGAUCUGAUUUGAUCUGAAUUUUUUUGAUC